CAAAGGGUGGAACUUGGAAGCCUGCAUCUUCUGGAAGAUGUCGCCCUCUAUUUAAGAAAAAGCGUUGCAAGCUAAACCACUCGUGCAUUGCCCGGAGACGGUUCCGACGCCAAUGGCUGCAGCCCUUGCAAGCGCUCCAGCCACAUCUGCAUGCUACCUGGAACGAAGCGCCUUCAGAUCCGCAGAUCGCACAACUGCAAGGGCCCACAUUUGCACUUCCGCAGCUCUGCAAAGACCAAAGAGCAAACGAUAUGUGAAUCGUACCCUUCUCAGAGCAACAGAAUCUAGGUUCGAAGACCUUGCUCUGAAUCCUUUUAUCGAAGAUCAGCAGAGUCUGAGGGGAACUAGAGGGGGACCGAUAAAAGCAACAAUGGCAGUUGCGGAGGAAACGAAGACAUCGGCAGCACACGGGAAGGCCACGCUGUACGAUGCGUCCAUUUCAAACAAUGGUGCCCGCGUGCGCUUUGUGAUCUACGGAAAGGGUUUAGAGGAUGAGAUCGAGAUGGCCAAACCAGCCGACCUCGGCGGGCUCAAGAGCGAGGCGUACUUGGCGCUCAACCCGGAGGGAAAGAUGCCGCUGCUAGUUACGCCAGAGGGGGAGGGCAUCCCUGAAAGCAAGGUAAUAGCUGAGUACCUCCUCGAUACCUACCGGGAAAAGGGACCAUCGUUUGAGCCCGAACCAGAGAACAAGCUUCGCUGCUCGCUCAUAGAGCGCAUCCACGACCUUUACAUCGCUGCCAAUCAAGGCUCCAUGUACAGAGCGAUGGACCCCUCUGCGCGGGAACAGGGCCUCAGAGAAAUUGCGAAGCAGCUGCGGAUCCUGGAGCGGUACGCGAAGGCUGAACCCUACCUAGCCGGACCGACCGAAACAGCGGCUGACCAUGCCGUUUUCCCAACCAUGGUAUUCAUUGACUACAUUACGCCCCGGGUCUAUGGAUGGAACACGUAUCUGGACGACAAACCCAAGCUAAAGAAAUGGUGGACAUUCAUGAGUGAGCAGCCGGUGGGCCGGCGGAUCCGCGACGAAGUCGAGGGCGCCCUGCAAAGCUGGUUCGAAAGCGGGCGCUUCGAGAAGCUGGGCAUCACGGACCUGGUGAAGGAAGAUCCCAAGAGGUUUACGAUUGAGGCCCUGGAGGCAGCGUCUUAGGCCGCUGUACAAAUUCAGUCAGUUGCACGGACGGGCCAGUCGAACUCAGUUCACUUGAGCCGGUGCCACACCGCAGUGCGCAUGAGGAGGUUGGGGCUGGGAAAACGCCAGCGCUUGUCGCCCCAUCGACCCCGUUCUAACAAAGACUGUCUGCUGCCCCGGCUAAAUUUUACAAGAAAUGUCAUUGAUGAGUCUGAGGCACUGAGGUAACGGUCGAUUCCACGCAUUCGAACCAUGCAAUUCGAGGCCGCGCUUCUUGGCUCGAGACACUAGCUAUGCUAGCACGCGCCCUUGUCAUUGCUGCAGAGGGAUGAUCUAGAGACCGCCGGUGCCACUGCCACUAGAUGCUUCGCCGCUGAUCUGCGACAAGGCCUCCGGUCACGGUACAAGUUGCCAUGGCAUACGUCAAUCAU